AUGACAUUUUCACCCGAGCCGACAGAAGAAGAUAAUUUUGUAACAAAUAGCAUAUCUGCUGCGACUGAAGAUUUUAGCACCAGCGACACACCAAACUUCACUGCGGACACAGGAAACUUCACAGUGGUACCACCCUUCGAACUCCCAGCCUUUCCCCCUUCACCGCUCUACAUUUUCGUCCUGAAGACGCUCUUCUGCGGACUGGUGUUGCUGAUCACACUUACUGGCAACAUACUCGUACUGGUUUCAUUCGCCACUACCAGAAAACUCCAAACCUACACCAAUUACUACCUGGUGGGUCUGGCGGUGGCCGACCUAGUCAGCGGCGGCGUCACCCCGGCACUGCUAAACGCAACCUUCCUGGUAGGUUACUGGCCGUUCGGCAGUGUCGUCUGCCGGGCUUUCAUCUACGUCAACACCGUGUUUGUCCACGCCACGUUCCUCUUGACUUUCAUCAUUUGCGUGGACAGAUACAGGGCCACGAUUAUGCCGCUGAAGCACCUUCAGGAAAAGAACAAAAAACACGCUUUGAAGAUGAUUCUGCCCGGGUUCCUGGUUCCGAUGUUGCUGUGGGCUGUCGUGAUACUCGUUCUUCCCGAGUACGGUGUGUUUGCUCCAGUCCCACCGUACGAAUGUCGCAUACCAUACGCGAGCAAUAAAUUCUUUCUCCUCGGAUCCUCCCUUUUUAUCUCCUGGAUUCCAAUCAUUGGAACGUCGAUCUUGUAUGCCUUCAUUUACUUCAAAGUCAUUCGUAAACGCAACAAGGAAAGAGGACCUAGAAACAGAGCGAAACAAAUUAACACAGCCAGUUUAGUGAAAACCUGCGAUCUGGGGACCAUUCCAGAGUUGCCCGUCAAGUUGCGAGAUGUAGUCAACGCCGACCGUCGGUGUUCAGUGAAAGAAGAGAUAAAGGCCGAGGAGGAGAACGUCACGGAGUCUGAGGCCAGCAGGGAUGAUGUGACAGGAAGACAUAUCAACCGAGUCAACAGCGAGAUCAUUCCAGAUGUGAAGCAAGCGACUACAACUGAUUGCCAAGCCCGAGGAGAGCCGUACAGCUCUUAUCACCAGAAGCGUCUAACAAGCAGCCGACGAGCCACCCGUACCUUGGCGUACAUCGUCGCGGUCAUGGUCAUCUCGGGCACCCCUUGGUUCUUUUAUUCCAUUCUGACAAUUUCUACAAGAAUCCCAAGAUAUCCGUUUGUAAACUGGUUUGUUGGGUACGUAGUUCAUCUGAGCAGCGCCACCAAUCCCUUCUGCUAUGCCAUCUGCAACCCUGUAUUCAAGCAAUCAUUUCUCCGCAUCCUCUGCCGAUGCUGUCACUGGAAGAAAUAA